AUGCUUGGAAAGAGAAGCAACAACUCUUCAACGUGCUGUGCCAGCAAGAAAACCAAAUAUGAUUCUUGCUGUUCAUCUUCAUCCUGUUACUCUCCGUUUAAUGUAGAAUGGGAUGGAGUGGAACGUUCCGAAUUAGCCAACGUUUUACAUCAAAUUGGCUCCAAUCCUCAUCAAUAUUCGUAUGGCAAAAGAAAUAGUGAAAAGGAAGGCUUGUUAGGCUUUCCUGGGUUGAAAAUUCAUUUCGAUCAUGAUGUUUCCAUCAAUGUUGGAUUGCCUCUCUGUUCGGAACAACUUGAAUCCAUACGGAAUAAUUUAAAUUCUAAUUUGCAAUUAAUAUCGUCAAAUUCUUCAUCAUCAACUUUAUCGGAGAAGAUGAUUUGUUUGAAUGAUGAAGAUUUAUUCUCCAUUGAAAAUCCCUAUUGGAUGGAACAAUUAGAGGAAAUACUGAAGGACGUUCUUUCACAAUUACAAGUUGAAAAUCACAUAUCUGGAUUGAUUAGAAAGAAUUCACUCAUCAUUGCUAGUGAAGGGUGUUCGGAUAUUCCCAUUACGAGUACACGAGAGAAUUGUUUUGUCAAGUUGGUUGUGAGAUUGCCUUCUAAUUGUGAGGGUGGUCAUGUAGUAGUUAAUUCGGGAAAGAUUUCUUACAACUUCUCUAAGGGGUCGUGCUAUUCCAGUACUUUGACUGCUUGCUAUUCUAACAUUGAUGCCACUAUCAAGGGAAUCACCAAAGGUUGUGCAAUGUAUUUGGUGUUUGAUAUUUGUCAUCAGGAUGGAUGUGAAACACCAACAUUUAUUAAUUCUAAAGAGCUAUUUAGCAAAUUUAUGGACAAUUGGGAGAAAUCACCCUACUUUGUAAUAGAGUACAAGCAGAAUUCUGAUUAUUAUAAAUCAAUAACAAGCAUAUUGAAUUGGUACGUACAUGAAAUGCCAAUAGGAAGUUUAGAAUUUGAAUUUGGAACGCUGAAUAAUGAUGUAUUGUACUUUCGUAGAAUCAAUGCAGAUUUAGACAUUAAUUCGCAAUCACUCCUCUUCUCUAAAGGAGAUCGAGAAAAUAUUGAAUGUAUUAUUAUCAUUUCAAAACAUUUCACUACUGAAGUAUAUUUACAUUUGGGCAUGGAGAUUGCUCUUGAUUAUUUGAAGAGAGUUUUCAAUGGUGCCACUUCUCAACAUAUUAUUAACUUUUUAAAGAAAAUAAUUGACAAGUAUUCCAAACAAUUGGAUGGAAAGAAGAUUGUAGAUUAUAUAAUAGAAUUGAACGAUUUGGAGCUAGCAAAGUUACUGUUGAGAGAAAUAUUAUGCCAUAAUUUCAAUCAUGAGGUUCUUUUCAAAUUAGUACAAGCUUUCACACUCAAAGAAUUGCGUACAGAAGUAAUCAAGGUGUUAUCAGUUUGUUUCAUCGAUCAUUUGGAUGGAUGUGUGGAUGUAUUGGAGGCUCUUAAUUGUCCUACAGUUUCUGCUUCAGUUUUACCUCAAUGUAGUCUGAGUGAACAAACAUGUACAUGCUCUCAGUUGGAAAAGGUUUUGGAUUUGGCUUCAAAAUUUGAUAUUGUCAUUCAACAAAUACCUGAAAACAUUAGCAAGCUAUCAGGAAACCCAGAUGAUAUGUACAGAUUAUCUAAAAAGAUCAAAAAUAAGAGUUGUAUUAAGGAAACGUUACAAAGAUCUUGGAAAUCUAAAACACUCAAUCCUAAAAUGAUUGUUGAAUGUGUGGGUACUAUAGGAUUGACUGAAUCUAGGGAUUUAAUGAGGGACGGAGUUGAUUCAUUCUGCUCAAGUCAUAAAAAUGUGGAAAUCCUAGAAACUAUUGGAUCAUUCUCGGAAAUUCUCAACUCAUCAAACGAUGCUUCCUGCAAUCUUGUAAUGUCAAUGCUAGCAAGAAACCUUAUCAGCCGUACGAAUUUUACAAUUAGGUUUGUUCAUCACCUAGUUAUUCCAUUCCUCAAACAAUUGACCAAUAAGGAAGCUCUAUCUAAAAGUGCUACUCAAUCAAUUGCAAAACACUGCUUAAAACUUUACAAUAACCAAAACAAGGUUGCUAUCGAACACCUGCAACCUCUCAAUAGCAAGAUUUCCCAUAUUAUUCUAUCAUGUUCAUGUGAAACGUGUGCUCCAGUUCAGGAAUUUAUAGAGUCGAAUGAGAGAAUUUACACUAUCCCAUUUGCUACAAAGGUUAAUGUUGACCAUUUGGUCGAGAAAGUUUCGGGCUUCUACUCUGACAUUCUCCUCAGCCAAUCUUCAAAUGGAAAUGCAAUAAUUGAAAAAGUACUCCUCAAGCAAACCAAAAUUGAAAUCAAGGAGAACAUUGCAUUCUUAAACUCCUUACACGAUUUGACUCUCCUUGAAGAUGAUGUAGAGUAG